GAGUCACAUGACGGGGCCACAGGGAUGCUGGGGCUGGAAACCAAAGCCACUGGACUCCACAAACCCACCAGGCACAGCAGAAGCAGGGCUGUGAUGAGCACAAGGCGAGUGGUGGUGGACAUGCCCACUGGGGCCAGCUCCAGCAGGCCCCUCCAGGGGCACGGGGCUUCCACCAGGGGAACACGGCCAUCGUCCUCCCUGGAGAGCCCCUCGGCCUCCAGGACCAGUGCUGUGGGUGGUCUGGUCCGAGCACCCAGAGUCUAUGUAGGGAUGGUGCCCAGUGGGUGCGCAGGUGGCGUGGAUGCCCGUGUGAACCGCCGGGCCCUAGGCAUCAGCACUGUCUUCCUGCAGGGCCUGAGGAGCUCAGGCCUAGCCGCAGUGCCAGCUCCAGGCCUGGAGAGGGGCCUCAGUGCUGCCGAGGACCUGGGGGGUUGCCUGGUGGAAUACAUGGCCAAGGUGCACGCCCUGGAUAGAGUCAGCCAGGAGCUGGAGGCACAGCUGCGCAGGCACCUGGAGAGCAAGGCCACGAGCUCUGAGGGCUGGGGCGCCCUCAGGGCCUCCUGGGCCAGCAGCUGCCAGCAGGUGGGCGAGGCAGUCUUGGAAAACGCCCGGCUCAUGCUGCGGACAGAGGCUAUCCAGGCGGGCGCAGAAGACUUUAAAGAAAGAUAUGAAAAUGAGCAGCCGUUUCGGAAGGCAGCGGAAGAGGAAAUUAACUCUCUGUAUAAAGUCAUCGAUGAAGCAAAUUUUACGAAAAUGGAUCUGCAGAGUCAAAUAGAGAGCCUGAAAGAAGAGCUUGGCUUUCUGUCAAGGAGCUAUGAAGAGGAUGUGAAAGUGCUGUACAAACAGUUGGCAGGGUCUGAGCUGGAACAAAUGGGUGUCCCCAUUGGCACUGGUCUGGAAGACAUCCUUGAAUCAAUCAGAAUUCACUGGGAGAGAGAUGUUGAAAAGAACCGGGCGGAGGCAGGAGCCUUGCUACAAACCAAGAGGCUGGACUCCCCACACCAGCAGGUGGAGGUGGCCUGCGUGGCGCAGACCCAGGAAGAGAAGCUGGCUGCGGCCCUCAGGACGGAGUUACACAACACUUCGUGCCAAGUGCAGAGCCUCCAGGCCGAGACGGAAUCCCUGCGGGCCCUGAAACGAGGCCUGGAGAACACCUUGCACGACGCCCUGCACUGGCACGACGUGGAGCUCCAGAACCUGGGCGCGGUGGUCGGCAGGCUGCAGGCGGAGCUGCGCGACGCGCGCGCCGAGGCCGAGCUGCGGCAGCAGGUGCACGAGCGUCUGCUGGCGCUCAAGUGCCAGCUGCAGAGCGACGUGGCGGCCUGCCUCGCCCUGCUGGACCGGGAGGAGAGCGGCUAAUGAAGAAACUUCCUCUUUUCAUGAAGAAACUGCUGCCUUCCUCACCAAUUGACCGAUGAGUUCCUUGACAAGCUCCCACGUCUCUCCAUCCACGUCCCCCAACUCCUCACCCCACCCCAGCUGGCUUCCCUGGUUGAUUAAGUUUCAGCUGAAAACCUUCCUGGAAGUGGGGAGGGUCUUUCUGCCUUCAUUUAAUAGUCUGUAGCUUAAGCAACCUCCCUUGCCCCUCUUCAAAUAAAUGCUUAGUGCACUGCU